CGCCGGGCGGAGCCGCCCGCCCCGCCGCGCGCUCGGGGAUGCUGCUCUCGGUGCCGCCGCGCCCCGGCCUGGCCGCGUUCGCCUGCAGCAAGGGGGGCAAAAAGCAGCCCUAUGUGCCGCCGCCGCCAGCCAUGCCCCCCCCCAGCCCCAGCCCCUCCGGGGGGGCGGGCGAGCAGCUGAGCAAGACGAACCUGUACAUCCGCGGGCUGCACCCCGGCACCACCGACCAGGACCUGGUGAAGCUGUGCCAGCCUUACGGAAAGAUCGUCUCCACCAAAGCCAUCCUGGAUAAGACAACCAAUAAGUGCAAAGGCUAUGGCUUCGUCGACUUCGACAGCCCCACGGCGGCCCAGAAGGCAGUGACAGCGCUGAAGGCCAGCGGGGUGCAGGCGCAGAUGGCCAAGCAACAGGAGCAGGACCCCACCAACCUCUACAUCUCCAACUUGCCGCUGGGGGUGGACGAGCAGGAGCUGGAGGCGCUGCUGAAGCCCUUUGGGCAGGUGGUCUCGACCCGCAUCCUGCGGGACCCCCACGGGGCCAGCCGCGGCGUUGGCUUUGCACGGAUGGAGUCCACGGAGAAGUGCGAGGCUGUCAUCACCCACUUCAACGGGAAGUACAUCAAAACGCCCCCUGGGGUGCCGGCCCCCCCGGACCCGCUGCUCUGCAAGUUCGCGGACGGGGGGCAGAAGAAGCGGCAGAGCCAGGGCAAGUUUGUGCCCAACGGGAGAGCCUGGGCCCGGGAUGGCGAUGCGGGCACCGUGGCCUUGGCCUACGACCCCACGACGGCGCUGCAGAACGGCUUCUACCCUGCACCCUAUGGCCUGGCCCCCACCAGGAUGAUCGCGCCCACCGCCCUGGCCCCCUACCUGCCCUCGCCUGUCUCCUCCUACCAGGUGCACAGCCCCACCUGGAUGCCCCCGUCCUACCUCGUGCAGCCCACGGGCGCGGUGCUGGCCCCCGCCGUGGACCACGCCGUCCCCCUCCAGCCCUCCGUGGUGGCCCCCCUGGCCCAGCAGCUCGGCCACCUCUCGCUGGGCAGCACAGGCACGUACGUGCCUGCCACCGCCCUGCCUGGAGCCUUCCUCCCGCCGUACCCCCCGGUGCCGCCCGCCAUCCCGCUGGAGGACGGCAGCACUGCACCGAGCCACGGCCACGGCCCCGUCGAGUCGCCCUCCGAGCCCAGCGCCUUCCCCUACCCCUACCCCAAGUAGCAGUGGGACUGGGGGGGGGGGGGGAGGGGGGGCAGCAGCACUGAGGGACCCCCCCACACUGCUGCCCCCCCUCCCUCCCCCGGGGAUGGAGCCCACCCACCCUCUCCCAGCUGUGGGGGCCGCGGGCGCCCCCGCCGCAGCGCUGCCAACUGCGGGCGACGUCGCCCCUUCCUCUCCUCCUCUUCCUCUGCAAGGGGGGGGGCCUGAAACGAGGGGCCCUGGGCCGGGGGGGGGGUGGGGGCCCGUGGCUCGCCCCCCCUUGGAGGGCUUUUUUUCCUCCUGCAUUUUCU